AUGUCGUUCCAGGAUCUUCCAUACGAGCUGAUUAUGCUAAUAGCCGACGUCUUGCCAGACCAUAAAUGUCUCAACAACCUUUCUCAAUCAUGCAAGAGAUUCCAUCAAAUCUUGGAACCUCGUUGGGAGAAAUAUGCAGUUCAGGAUAAGGACGAAUGGAAGGUCCUCUCCUGGGCAAUCCGACGAAAGGAUAACUACUUCGUCAAAUACCUCAUCGGCCGAAAGGGCAUCGAUAUCAACCACCAAGACAGCCUCGGCCUUUCCCCACUUCACUGGGGAGUCAGGAACGGAGAUGAAUCCAGUGUGGUUACAACUAAACUGCUACUCAGCGCGGAUGCAGACAUGACCCUCUUAGACAACGCUGGCCUGACACCCCUUCAAUGGGCGGUGGUGCACAACCCGCCAAUCGUCAAGAUUCUCCUCGAAAAGGAAGCUACCGUCGAAAAGAAGGCCAUCGACAUACUGGAUCGUUCAGGGCAGACCGCACUCCACCGCGCAGCAACAAAGGCCGACGUGGAUCUCGUCAGGCAGCUCAUCAAAGCCGGCGCAAACGUGAACAUUGCCUGUCGAUUGGGAAGGACCCCACUUAUGUGGGCAGCAUCAAAGAAGUCACUUGAGGUGAUCAAGAUUCUGGUUGAGGAGGAAGGUGCCAAUGUGCACCAUAUUACUGACGACAAGAGGAACGUACUCCACCUGGCAUCGACGGAAGGGACCAUUGAGACAGUGAACUAUUUUGUUGGGAAGGGGGUAGAUAUCACAGCCGCAGACAACCAGGGGAGGACACCACUUCAUUGGGCGGCAGCAUACGGAAACGGGAGGACAUUCAGAGCGUUACUCAGGCAUGGGGCUGAUCCGAAGGUUAAGAACAAUAAUGGGCAGCUGGUAAAUGAUUGGGGGACGACCUUCACGACAAUUGGAGAUGCGCUAAGGGAUAUGGGAAUCGCGGUUCCGAGACCACCUAUGAAAGUCACGAGCGGUUUCAUGCAUUUUACUAGGUCAAAAAGGGCUAUGCCAAUCUUCUGA